UAUAAACUCUCCGUGCAGCUUUGUCGGUGACUUAUGACACUGUUGGCAUAUUUUUAUACCGUUUGAUCUGAUACCUCCUUAGUGAAUGGUCAGUGAAAAUGUUUGAUGAAAAAAACUGUACUUAGACUGAUUUCAUCAUGCUAGGGAUUAAUUCAAACAUUCUGUUUCUACUAUUUGCAAUUUGUGAACGUUUUCAAUUCGGAGACGGAACUAGUUCGAUUAAAAGUUUUUCAGUUGAAAUUAACAACAUAAAGCUAAAAGAUUCGACAGAUAUUCAUCAAAUAUACUUAAAGGCAGGACAACAUGAAGGAAAAUCAAGUAUUAUUAGUGCCAAACCUUUGCCAGACAUAAAGCUUGAAGGUCAUAUUCUGCAAAAUGGCCAAGUAAUUCCGGAUAAUAUCAUAACAUUUCAAGAUAUAAUCCAUGUUAACAUUCAAAGUGAUGCUGGCUGCAGUUCUGAAUGUGAAUAUACAGUCAUGAUAAGGUUUAAUAUCAUGAUAACGGAAAAAUAUGAUGGAUCACAAUUGGUUUUGUUCAUUGAAAAAAAAACCCAUUGGUAUGAAAAAGUUAUGUGUAUAUUAGAAGUUAUAACAGUUGAAUGGUAUCUUAUCAAUGAAGCUCCUGUCGUUUUUGGGGAAACAAUAAAAUUAGAAUGCAGAGUAGGCGGUAUAAGAUACCUACAACCAGACACACUUUGGAUAUGGACAAUAGACAAUGACGAGCAGAUUUAUUACCAACAAACAACAAGGAACACGAAAUAUGAAAAUUGUGGAUCGUUAUCACGUACAUUUAAUUUGUGCAUUCAUAACUUUUCUGAAGUAGACCUAGGGAUCAAUAUAAAAUGUGCAUAUGGAUUUCGAUCUUAUGAACAGAAAAUAAAUCUUUAUAAUGAAAAAUAUGAAUAUCAUCCAACUAAAGACGAUAGAUCCGUUAAUAUACGGACGGGAAAAAUGUCUCUAAACAUAACUAUGAAUUUCUACAAAGUGUAUCCAAUGCCUAUUUGCCUCGUUCGAAAGAAUGAUGGUGCUGAGAAUCUGUCUGUGCAAUCAAAGGUAAAACAUGGACUUUUCCAUCGGGUAAUUUUAUUUUUGACGACAGAAGUUUCAUCAGUACCUUGUGGUGAACAGCUGAAAAUAAAAUGUACUGCAGCAGGAUAUUCAGAGACAAUAAAUGCAAAACAAAUGAUAGACUGUAAAUCGCAUACAGAUGUUUCAAGUGGUAGCUACAUACUGAAUGUAUCGCAUUAUGAAAUGUUCAUUUUAUCUUUCAUUAUAAGUAAAAUAUUGCCUGCAAAGUAAAAGUACACAUUUCAAAUGAUAAUACCAAUCAUUUAUGGCGUGAACCAAGUUUUGUCAUCAUUGAUUAUAUGAACUACAAAAAUACUGAUACAGAUGAAAGUUUAAGACUUGGCUUGGUAAGAGCUACUCUACUUUGGGCAUUACUGGUGCAGGUGGGUCCCGAGGUGGGACUCGGACACAAAGAGUGUUUAUUGUUUCUAUUUUGUUUACCCUUGUAUUUAUAUUUACUUUAUUUAUUCUUUAUAUGGUAUGUACAAUCAACGACAAAAACUUUUUUUUUGACAUAAUUGUCAAAUUUACACAUUUUUUGUUGGCGUCUUUGUUAGAUUAAAGUGUAUGUUUUUUUUUGAAUUUUUUAGUCAAUUGUGUUGUAUUCCUGCGAUGCAAGUUUACACAAUUUCGGAUGCUGGAUCCCAAUUAUUGCCAAAUUUACCUAUAAUGUUUGAGCAACUCGCCCAAUUUUUUUUUCACUGGUUUCGUUGAUUGAUAGCGUUUGAUUUUGUCAGUUUUUAAGGACUUCUCCUUUUUUGAAUUUGCCUUGGGGUUCGGUAUUUUUGUGAAACAUUUUUAUCUUCGGCUAUAUUGGGAUCAAAUUUUGUAAGCAAGGCGACAAUUCUUGACUUUGAUUUUAUUUUCGCUGGAACAUGAAUCAAUUUGAAUUUAUUUCACAAUCUUUUAUUUAACUUUUGCAAACAUCUGAUGUAGGAGUUUCGACAGGUUUAGCAGCUUUAUAAACAGAUGUCUUGUAUAUUUAGUCUCAUUGUUCACUCUAUCGUAUAAACAUGACAAGUUACGAAGAUGGAAUUUAAAUGAAGGAAACAAGGGCAAAAUAGUUUUACAAACUUGGUUUAGUUUGAUAAUAAUUGUCUGUUCGUUAACAUUUAAAUAUUAUUCUUUAUUCAUUUGGUUUCCGUUUCCGUUUAUAGUAAAACAAUAAAAUUUUAAAAAGUUUAA